UUUCGUCCCGCUAAACACAACUCACCUUCUUCCAUUGCAUUACCCCUUCUUCCUGGGCAUCCACGAUCAUGACAUCAACGUCCGCCGAUAAAGAUAAGAAUUUUUGUCACACGUUUUGGGAUGCAUGCGAAGCUGGAAACUCGUCACAAGUUCAGGAAGCUCUUGCCAGCGAUCAACUUACCCCUAAGAUCCGCAACGAGGGAUUUGUGGCCGCCGUGCUAGCAGGUAUCAACCCUGGCGUAGUAGAUGUCAUAUCUGCGCUGCUGGCUGCCGGUGAACCUAUCACGCCCAGGGUCAGGGACGCCGUGCACGGUGAAAAUUUCGAGCAAAGCCCUGCUGUUCUUCGCCUUUUAUUUGACAACGGCUUGGAUCCAAAUGCGUCCCAGAGUCGGGACUUCGAGCCCGCUGAUAGUCUGGUACAGACUGGUGGCGAGCCUCUUCUUAACUUUAUUAACGACCCCGCGUGUGCUCGAGAAUUUCUUUCACGAGGAGCUGAUCCCAAUAUCACUGGUCCCCGUGGGGAGACUGCCCUGUACAAGGCGCUGGAGGACCAGCAUGUAGACAUGGCCGAGAUGCUUAUUGAGUACGGAACUAAGCUAGAACCAAAUUUUCUGUUCACUACUAUACAUCUUCGCUGGCGUGGACCGGAUACUGGGAUUAGAGAGCGCAUGACUAAAUUCCUUCUGGAUCACGGCGUUGACCCCAACCAAGCCACGUCCGAAACUUGGGGUACCCCCUUACACCUUGCUGCCUUUUACGAUAAUGCAGAUAUUGUCAAAAUGCUCUUAGAUGCAGGCGCAGAUCGGAAGAAGAAAGUAAAUAGCUGGAGAUUUUCUUGUGUAACCGCCGAACAACUUCUUCUAAAGAAAGAUGAUAAACGAGUAUCUUGGGCUUAAAAUGAACAUGUUCCUUCCGGUGGAUGUUAACCUCAUUCCAAGAUCAAACCGUGCCAAUCUGCCUUCGAUCAAUCUUUUCUCGGAUGCAUUUCGACAA